CGCCCCGUCGGGGGUCGGGAGGCCCUUCUGCCACAUAAAGCCGGCACCCAGCGCUCCCGCACCCAGGCAGCCUCCAGGCUGGACGCAACGCACCCUCUUGACGUCCCGCGCAUUCUCGGACGCCUAGCCCGCGGGCCGGUCGGUUCCCAGAGCCAUGGACCCCGCUUUCCCUCUGGGUCUGCUGAUUCUGCCGCUGCUCCUGACCCAGACUGCGACGGGGCAUGCUGCUCAGGCACCGACAGGCAAUAACGCGGAGAUCUGCCUCCUGCCCCUAGACGAAGGGCCCUGCCGCGCCCGAAUCCCCAGUUACUACUAUGACAGGUACACGCAGAGCUGCCGCAUGUUCAUGUAUGGGGGCUGCGAGGGUAACGCCAACAAUUUCGAAACUUGGGAGGACUGUGACGAAGCUUGCUGGAAGAUAGAGAAAGUCCCCAAAAUUUGCCGAUUGAAAGUUAGUGAAGGACAGUGUGAGGCGCUCAAAGAAGAGUAUUUCUUCAAUCUAAGUUCCAUGACAUGUGAAAAAUUCAUAUCUGGCCAUUGUCUCCGCAAUCAGAACCGUUUCCCUGAUGAAGCUACCUGUAUGGGCUUCUGUGCACCAAAGAAAAGACCAUCGUUUUGUUUCAGUCCAAAAGAUGGGGGACUAUGCUCUGCUAAUGUGACUCGCUAUUACUUUAACCCAAGACACAAAACCUGUGAGACUUUCACCUAUACUGGCUGCGGAGGGAAUGACAACAACUUUGUUAGCAUGGAGGAUUGCAAACGAGUUUGUGCAAAAGGCAUGAAGAAGGAAAAGAAAAAGAAGAUGCCUCAGUUUCUCUUUGCCAAUAGAAGCCUGAAAAUUCGUAAGAAGCAAAUUUAACCAAUUUCCUGUAUAUCAUCUUGUGAAUGCUUAUUGCCUUUAUGGUUUUAUCUGAAGGAAUAAUCUGGUAGCACAAGGAAAUGAAUCAAUGUGAUUUAAUCACCACCUUUUAUUGAUUAUAAGUUAGUUUUCAUAUUUGUGUAUUUUUAUACAUAACUAGCUACUAUUCAAAUGUGAAUUUAUCAUUUGUAGCUUAUUGUCCAGCUGUUUUCUAUGAGAUUGGAUUCUUGCAGUGCAUAAGAUAUAAAAGCAAAUAUGUUGACUCACCCAGUUCUUGGGGAUGCUGUUCCUGAUAUCAGAAGAUGAUGGUUACCAAAAUAGCCCAAGACAAUAUAAUUGUGUGCUUUCAACACAUUUAGGCAUAAAAAAGACUGAAAAAUAAAUAUCAUUUUGGAUUCAAAAUUUGGAUUAUAAUUUAGGCCCAAGGAUAAAAAAAUGCAGAUUUACCAACACUUAAAAAAUAUAUACAGUCCAAUUAUAUAGACACUAGUCACUGUAGUGUCUAUUGGGCCAAAUUGCAGUGUGAAGAUAAGGGAAUUUGGUUAACAGAUAAUAAAAUAACUUUUUUUUUUUACUGAAUUAAUAGGCUAGUAAAUUUAGUGAAAUCAGAAAUGUUCUCCUCAGGCAAAAUGAUUAAAUCUAUGUCAAUUUCUCUUUCUCUAUUAUCUAUAUCUAUCUAGACCCACUCAUGUAUAUAUGUGCAUAUACAUAUAGACAGAUGUUUUUAAAUUUUACUUAUGUUACAUUAUUUCCUAAGACAUAAUGGAUUGGAGACCACUACAGUUGUUAAAAAUUUUGUAUUUUGCAAGGUGUUUGUUUACAUUACACUAGAAACCAUGAAUGAAUUUAAUAAUUUAGAUUUCACCAAUAAAUUAUUCUUAAUAUGCUAACCCCAGUGAAAUAGUUUUUCUUUGUUUCAUAAUAAAAAUAUCUUGUUGACAGAA